AUGGACAACAAAACCGCAGCAAGCGGCCGUCCGCGGCUCUCACGGCUGCCUCUGCCCACGGGAACGCCCUCGAGGUCGUUAAGGCCGUCACCCUCAAGGGACAGGCUGCAGGCAGAUGCGGGACUCAAGAUAUCGAGGCUUCGGCGGCCGUCUGAGGACAUCUUCAACAGGCCCUACUCCCCGGCGUGCUCGAGUGAAUCGGACCCUCUGGACGGACACCACGAGAACUCGAAUGCGACUUCGACUGCGACCACUCCUCUGCGCCCUCAAUCGUUCAGUAAGCAGUAUCACCUGAACGAGUCGCUCCUCGACCCGGCAGAUACCCGACAGGGCCGCAGCCCCUCGCGCAAUGGGCCCAGACCCUCCCUAUCAGACCGGACCAUUGAGACACUUGCUCAGAUCCCCGGCUCACCCUCGCCCGGUAGAAGAAAAUCUGGCUUCGUUGGCGAGCUGAGGAGGUCUUCCUCAAGGCAGUCCUUGAAUGGAACACCUUUAUCUCCUGCUCCCUCAGCAAGGAAUGCGAGGAUGCCCAGAUCCCCUUCUGCGGCUAGCACCUCACGCGAGCGUCCUGUGGGUCAGAGGUCAGUUAGCAUGUAUAUAAGAUCACCUGCUGCAUCGAUAAGGAACGGUAUGCUCAAGACAAGUGAGGAGGGUAUCGAAGAGACGGAAACUAGCAUGUUGCCUCCACAUAAGCCGGUAUCCGCUGCUGCCACCCGCCAGCCGAUGAAGAGCCAGAGCAUGAUAUCACGAAAGCCGAGAACGAUGCCGCCCCUGGGUCAGGUCUUCGGAGAAGCCCCAGAUUCAGAGCCUACUGGCAUAAUUGAACCCCUUUCAAUCCCCAAGACAAGGAAGCCACCGUCUACCAUAUCUUCAAAUUUUACCUCACCUACAUCUACAACCUCGAAACGAUCGCCGAGAACUUCUAUCACAUCUGACGGAUACACGGCAAAUGAUGUACCGCCCAAGGAACCAGAACCAAAGAAGACCGCCAAAUCAUCAAGUGCCCUUCGAGAGAGUAUAGCCAAGGCAAAGGCCGCUCGCAAAGCAGCUCAGCAGCAGCAGCAGCAGCAGCAAGAACAACAACAACGUGAACCGUCAUGUAAAUCUCCAGAUACUCUUGAGGAAGACAACCUGAAGGAUCCAUUCAAUCAGCUAUCCGGUAUGGAACCUACAAGUGCCGCCUUGCAGAGUAGAACUGCUUCUGCCAGGAAAUCAGGACUUCUGAACAUAUCUGCCAUGGGACUGGCCGCUAUCCCCGAUGAGGUCAUGACCAUGUAUACCUUUGAUCCAAACAGCAAUGACGUCUGGUACGAAAACGUCGACCUGGUGAAAUUCAUGGCUGCAGAUAACGAGCUGACUUCACUCCCGGAUGAGGCCUUUCCCGAUGUGGACUUGACCGAGUUCAACCCAGAUGAACCCGCCCCAAAUGCUCAAUUCGGCGGCCUAGAGCACAUUGACUUGCACGGAAAUAAGCUGUUUUGUCUACCUACGGGGCUUAGAAGGUUGCAACGCCUUCGUACCUUGAACCUAUCGAAAAAUAAGCUGGAUAGCAUGGAUGCCCUCGACGUUGUAUUCAGCAUACGGAGUCUGACAGAACUAAAGCUUGCAGAGAACAAUUUGUCCGGAAUGCUGACCUCUGAUAUCAGGCGCCUGGUCAAACUGGAAGUUUUAGAUCUUCAUGGGAACUGUCUUACCGGGCUUCCUGAUUCAAUUGCAGACCUAACAGCGCUGCGGAUCCUGAAUGUCUCCGAGAACAGGCUCCCUUCUCUCCCGUUGAUGGUAAUGAAGGAUCUUCCCCUGACAGAACUCAACGCCUGGAAGAACAGGCUAGAUGGCCACUUCUUUCCAAAGUCCUUUAAGCGUCAUGAUACCUUGCAGGUAUUAAAUGUUGCAACGAAUAAUCUGGAUGAGCUAUCUGCUGAAGAUACCAUCGAGUUGCCGAACUUGCAACAGCUGUUCAUAGAACAGAAUUGCCUGAAGGCUAUCCCUAAUAUAUCAUCGUGGAAGUCCUUGUUGAGUAUAAUUGCCUCGGAGAAUCGCCUGUCUGCCUUGCCAGAAGGACUGGCGGAUCUGGCGAACAUUAAACAUUUGGAUUUUACAACCAACGAUAUCAGGCUGAUCGAUGAUAACAUCGGUUCCAUGGAGAGCCUUGUUACUCUCCGGAUUUCCAAUAACCCUCUCCGCGAGAAGAAGUUCCUAAGCAUGGAUACCGAUGAUCUGAAGCGAGAACUUAACAGUCGGCGUGAAGUCAAGGAACCAUCUCAGGAUGAGGAAGAAGGCUCCGUCCAAACAGAAUUCACACUCGCACCAGAAAGCCCCACGGCCACUAUCACUCAUGCAUGGAGAGUAAAACAACGCGGUGUUCUCGAUCGCUCUUCGACAAAUCUCUCCGAUCUAGAGCCAAUGGAUAUUGAACCCUUGAUCGCCAAGUCCGAUAUCAGAUGUCUCUACCUCCAACGGAACCGCCUUGAAAAAUUCCCUGUACCGGCUCUCUCGCUCGUAGCUCACUCUUUAAUCGACCUGGACCUAUCUAAUAACCCCAUCGGCCGAACAGAGCUCAGUACACCCAUAUCCCUCCCGAACCUGCAAAAUUUAACCCUAUCCUCUUCAGCUUUGACAUCCCUAGAGCCGCUUUUAGCCAACCUCUCGGCUCCUUCACUCUCUUUUCUCGACGUCUCAAUUAAUCGUCUCAAGGGGCCUGUGCCAGUAAUGCGCGCCACAUACCCUAACCUAGUCACUUUCCUCGCCUCAGAGAAUGCAUUUGACAGUCUUUCAUAUGAGGCUGUUGAGGGGCUGCAAGUCCUUGACGUAGCAAACAAUGAUAUCGAUGCCCUGCCCCCGAGAGCUGGCCUUCUGGGAGUUGAUGAUGUUCCUCCGGGAAUGAAUGCAUUGCGCCGUUUCGAGGUUGCUGGGAACAGGUUUAGGGUUCCUAGAUGGCAGAUUGUUUCAAAGGGAACUGAAGCGAUACUAGACCAUUUGAAGAAUCGAAUUAGUGAAGCCGAGAUGAAAGAAUGGAAGACCAGCGAGUGA